AUAGGGGAUCCUCGCGAUCCAGUAAAACCCCUCUUGCGAUUUGUGAGGAGAAACUUGAGGGAACGAAUCGCGCUCUCUCUCAAGCUUUCUUCUCUCCUUGAAGCUUUUAACUUUCCUUGAAAUCUAUCGCUUUUUUUCUUCUCCCUGCAAACCCUAACCGAUAACUGACGUGAUUUAAUCAUGUUUGGGCGUGUUCCAAAGAAGAGCGAUAACACCAAAUAUUAUGAAGUACUUGGGGUUUCAAAAACUGCAAGUCAAGAUGAAUUGAAGAAGGCUUAUAGGAAGGCUGCUAUCAAGAACCAUCCUGAUAAAGGUGGAGAUCCGGAGAAGUUUAAGGAAUUGGCUCAAGCUUAUGAAGUUCUUAGCGAUCCUGAAAAGAGAGAAAUAUAUGACCAAUAUGGUGAAGAUGCUCUUAAAGAGGGAAUGGGAGGAGGUGGUUCUUCUCAUAACCCAUUUGACAUAUUUGAAUCAUUUUUUGGCGGUGGAGCCUUUGGUGGUGGUGGUAGCUCAAGAGGAAGAAGGCAAAAGCGAGGUGAAGAUGUUGUGCAUAGUCUAAAAGUUUCUUUGGAAGACUUGUACAAUGGGACAACAAAGAAACUCUCUCUUUCCAGGAAUGCUCUAUGCAGCAAAUGUAAAGGGAAAGGUUCAAAGAGUGGAGCCUCUUCUAGAUGUUAUGGUUGUCAGGGUUCAGGAAUGAAAAUUACAACACGUCAGAUUGGACUGGGGAUGAUCCAACAGAUGCAGCAUGUCUGUCCUGAAUGCCGAGGCUCAGGUGAAGUGAUCAGUGAGAGAGAUAGAUGCCCACAGUGCAAAGGAAACAAGGUUACUCAGGAAAAGAAGGUGCUUGAAGUACAUAUUGAGAAAGGAAUGCAAAAUGGCCAGAAAAUUACAUUUGAAGGACAAGCUGAUGAAGCUCCGGAUACAGUUACUGGAGACAUUGUUUUUCUUUUGCAACUGAAGAAACACCCAAAAUUUGAACGGAAAUUCGAUGACCUCUAUGUUGAACACAACCUCAGUUUGACAGAGGCUCUGUGUGGGUAUCAGUUUGCCCUAACUCACCUUGAUGGCAGGCAGCUUCUAAUUAAAUCAAACCCUGGGGAGGUCAUUAAGCCUGGUCAAUACAAGGCUAUCAAUGAUGAGGGUAUGCCCCAUCAUCAAAGACCUUUCAUGAAGGGCAGGCUAUUCAUCCAUUUCAAUGUUGAUUUCCCAGAAUCUGGUGUUUUUUCACCUGAGCAAUGCCGCACAUUAGAGACUAUAUUGCCCAUGAGGACUAGUAAACACUUGACAGACAUGGAGGUUGAUGACUGUGAAGAGACUACUUUGCAUGAUGUCAACAUUGAGGAGGAAAUGAGGCGGAAGGAACAACAGCAGCAUAGGCACCAUGAAGCUUAUGAUGAAGAUGACGAUGAGCCAUCAAUGCCAAGAGUGCAGUGUGCCCAACAAUAAGAAAUAUUAGUGUUCAAUGUUUUUCCCUAGUAGCGGAGUUAUCGUUUGUGGGUGUGUAUGUGGGUGUGUCUGCGUAUUCAAUUAGCCAGUUGUCCUCUAUUUUGAUUUUUGAUACUUACUCAGUUUCAGCAUUUUGUGUUAUUUUAUCACGUAGUUUGUUCACAACUUUCAACAAUUAAUUUGCGUUCAGAUGCUAUAUUUGAGAAUAGUAUAAGUUUAGUAGAUUCA